UUUAUUUGUUCGCCUUUAAAACCCUCACUCACAAAAGGAAAUUACAAUAAUUCAGAGUUUAGGGUUUAACAGUGUGUUUCUCACUUCUCCUGCCAUCUUCCUGCUACAAUUGUUACUCCCUUCUCGUAAUCAUGGCGAGCACAAAAGUUCAGAGGGUUAUGACUCAGCCCAUUAACUUGAUUUUCAGGUUUCUUCAGAGCAAAGCACGCAUUCAGAUUUGGCUUUUUGAGCAAAAGGACUUGAGGAUUGAAGGAAGAAUCAUUGGUUUUGAUGAAUACAUGAAUUUGGUUCUUGAUGAUGCUGAGGAAGUGAACAUCAAGAAGAAGAGCAAGAAGACAUUAGGGAGGAUUCUUCUUAAAGGAGACAACAUAACUUUAAUGAUGAGCACGGGGAAAUGAUAUACACUCUGGGACAUUUGUAAACUAUAUUCGUAUCAAACAAGGCAGAACUAUUUUUCUCUUUGGUUUGUAUUCAUCUAUCAAACUCCCAAACUGGAAUCUGAUGGUUUUUCGAUUAUGGAAGUAUAGCCUACAACCUUUCCCUCAUUUGAUUACUUUCUCAUUUUGAUAUGUUUUUAAUAUAUCUUAUUCAAUCCCUUAUACAAGCAUGUUAGAUUGAUUUCUUUGGGAUAUCUCUUCAAUGUAUUUGCUAAGGUUUUGCAAUAGGUAAAUGUCUUUAUGCUGGA